AUGGGAAAGGGAAGAACACCAUGUUGUGAUAAGAACAAAGUGAAGAGGGGUCCUUGGAGCCCUGCUGAGGACUUGAGGCUUAUAACUUUCAUUCAGAAGAAUGGCCAUGAUAACUGGAGGGCUCUCCCUAAGCAAGCAGGUUUGCUGAGAUGUGGGAAAAGUUGCCGUUUGAGAUGGAUUAAUUACCUCAGGCCUGAUCUCAAGCGAGGGAACUUCACUAGAGAGGAAGAGGACUCCAUAAUUAGGCUGCAUGAAGCCUGGGGAAACAAGUGGUCAAAAAUUGCCUCUCAGUUUCCAGGAAGAACAGAUAAUGAGAUUAAGAAUGUGUGGAACACUCAUCUGAAGAAAAAAUUGGGUUUCAAGAACUCUGAAUUUUGUGGAGAUGAAUCAAAGGAGUUAUCUUCUAUAACCUCCUCUUCCUCAUCAUCUUCCUCUAGUGCUUCAUUUUUGUCUGGUGGAAAACCAAGUGUUGCAGGAGAGCUUGAGCAUCAAUCAGCUGACCAAGAAACUAGCAUGGCCAACAACAACCCUCAUCAUGAUCCAUGCAUUUUGACAAUUCCAGAGGAGCUUGAUCUGGAUUCUCCAAUGGAAUUAAUAAAUCAUUUAGGCCUGAUCCCAAGGACUUGA